UUAAAACAGUAUAUUUGUAAUCUGUUUAAUGUCCUCUUUUUGUAAAAAGCACAGAAAUAAAUAUACAGAAAAAAAAAUAGUAGUCCUAAGUGGUAGAAAUUAUGAGCAUUUUCUUGCCUUUAAAAAAAGUUGUAAAAGAUUGUAUCAUUUAUGUAGCAAAAAGUUUAAAGUCAUCAUUCUAAAAAUUUCGUGUUGGUAUAGUUGCUGUGACAAGAUUUAACUUCUGUAUGCUUCACGAACCAAACCAGAGGUAUUUAAGACCUGGUGUGUGAUAGGCCACACUAAAAUACUAUACACAUCUUCAGAAAGCUAAAAAACUAACUUCUAACAUCCUGUAUUAGUGUGGCACAGCUAUUACAAAGAUUUUUGUCAUUUGAGUCUGUCUUGUUUCUUUAUCAUUGUUUUGACAGUUUCAGAAGAAUCAUGGCUUUUCCCUUUUUUUACAGUAAAGGCAUCUGAGACUCUUGACGUAUUGCUUUUUGGAAAUGCUUGUGCUGGUCACAUGCUUGCAUCUGGGCUAGUGUGUCUGGCUUCCGUGUGCUGGUGGAUGCUUACUCUGGUUUCUGAAAUACUUUUUCUGUACAGUGGCCAGUGGCUGCAAUCCUAAGCCACACACCCACCUUGAAAAUUCAUGCCACUUUUAGAAAUAGAUAAAAAUCCCUCCCAUCCAGAAAAAGUGACUAUCAUGUAUAUCCUCAUCAUGACUAAUACUGAUAUUCCUGAAAUUGAAAAUAGAUAUUCCAUAUGUACCAUAAAAGGUAUUAAAGAUAUAUGGAGUGAUAGAUGUAUUAUAUAUAACACUUCUACCCUCACAGUUUUCAGCCUAAUUGAGAGGGUAAGGUCCCUGAAUCAUCCAUCAGUUUUCAGAUCUCUGCUGAAGCAAGCCGCAGCUCAGAUCCACACAUCUGAACCAGAGACAGAGGUGGCCAAAAAUAAAAAGGGAUACAGGGGGACAACUUGGUUUAGAGUGAACAAAUAGACUGUAUUUUCUGGUUAGUGAAGGAGCUCUCCUGAAAUUCAUUUACCGCAGCAUAAAUGAGCGGAUUUCCUUGAGGUCACCUUCUGCUGACCAUAGCUUUCUUAUCUGUGGAGCUGCCAGCUGUCAUCCACUUCGGGGCACCUAAGACUGCUGAGUGGCAGGCCAGGACCCCAAGUGCGAAACACAGCACACCUUUUUGUUUCUACUCCACUGACCCUGGGGUUCUCUCCCUGGUGUUUGUGGCUUGUAGUGCAUUCUGUGGAACAUUCACUGUGGCCAUCGAAGGACAGCAUCUUCCCAGUUGUUUCUUUCUUUUUUUUUUUUUUUUAUUUAAUUUAAACCAAUCUGAGAAGCCAACCAUCUGUCAGCAAAACAGGAAGGCUUGGGCUCUCUCCUGGGCUCGUUUUGCUGCCGUCGUGAGCGUCACUUCUCCCCGUGUAAGAGUGCUGGUGAAGGCUGAGGCAAGGGCCCAGAAAGAUUGAGGGACAAAGACAGGAGCGCCCGCAUUGCCCAUCUGCCAGGCUGGAGGUGUAUUCAUUAUUGAUGGAGGUAGUGCAGUUGCUGCUCAGAUAUGCAGCCCUGCCUGGGUAAAUGAGACAUUCUUCAGCAAAUUGCUUCGUUUUUUGAUUGCUGAUUGUACGCGUGUCACCAAGCUGACUCAAGGUUCAUCGAUGCAUGCUCAGUAAAUUAGAAAGAACAUAACUAUGGAUCAGCCAAGAGAAUGAAUUCUGUGCCUACAAUGACCCAGGGCCAUUUAAUUUUCUGCUUAAUUUUGUUGCAGUCAGUUUGCAUUUUGGGUUAUUAUGCAGUAGGAAAUUAACAAUAAAUAACAAAUUUGGUCCUCCUGUGCUUGUAAUGAUAUUUUUAUAAAUCUUUGUAAUGCUGUUUUUAAAAGGAUCAAGGUCUGUGCCAGUCUGAUACUCCGGCAAGUAUGUGAGGAGGAAAAUGCAUUAUUCUUGCUAGAUAACCUUGUUGUUAAAUAGCAUAGGGGUUCUUUAUCUCUCUCUCUCUCUCUUUCUCAUAUCUUAUUGGUAUUUUUGCUUUAAACUAAAAUCCCUUCCUCUCUUUCUUAGAUAACCUGAGGACAAUGGAUGCUGAUGAGGGUCAAGACAUGUCCCAAGUUUCAGGGAAGGAAAGCCCCCCAGUAAGCGAUACUCCAGAUGAGGGCGAUGAGCCCAUGCCGAUCCCCGAGGACCUCUCCACCACCUCGGGAGGACAGCAAAGCUCCAAGAGUGACAGAGUUGUGGUUACAUAUGGGGCUGAUGACUUUAGGGAUUUCCAUGCAAUAAUUCCCAAAUCUUUCUCUCCCAGUAAUGUUAAAGUAGAGACUCAGAGUGAUGAAGAGAAUGGGCGUGCCUGUGAAAUGAAUGGGGAAGAAUGUGCGGAGGAUUUACGAAUGCUUGAUGCCUCAGGAGAGAAAAUGAAUGGCUCCCACAGGGACCAAGGCAGCUCGGCUUUGUCAGGAGUUGGAGGCAUUCGACUUCCUAACGGAAAACUAAAGUGUGAUAUCUGUGGGAUCAUUUGCAUCGGGCCCAAUGUGCUCAUGGUUCACAAAAGAAGCCACACUGGAGAACGGCCCUUCCAGUGCAAUCAGUGCGGGGCCUCCUUCACCCAGAAGGGCAACCUGCUCCGGCACAUCAAGCUGCAUUCCGGGGAGAAGCCUUUCAAAUGCCACCUCUGCAACUACGCCUGCCGCCGGAGGGACGCCCUCACUGGCCACCUGAGGACGCACUCCGUUGGUAAACCUCACAAAUGUGGAUAUUGUGGCCGAAGCUAUAAACAGCGAAGCUCUUUAGAGGAACAUAAAGAGCGCUGCCACAACUACUUGGAAAGCAUGGGCCUUCCGGGCACACUGUACCCAGUCAUUAAAGAAGAAACUAAUCACAGUGAAAUGGCAGAAGACCUGUGCAAGAUAGGAUCAGAGAGAUCUCUCGUGCUGGACAGACUAGCAAGUAACGUCGCCAAACGUAAGAGUUCUAUGCCUCAGAAAUUUCUUGGGGACAAGGGCCUGUCCGACACGCCCUACGACAGCAGCGCCAGCUACGAGAAGGAGAACGAAAUGAUGAAGUCCCACGUGAUGGACCAAGCCAUCAACAACGCCAUCAACUACCUGGGGGCCGAGUCCCUGCGCCCGCUGGUGCAGACGCCCCCGGGCGGCUCCGAGGUGGUCCCGGUCAUCAGCCCCAUGUACCAGCUGCACAAGCCGCUCGCGGAGGGCACCCCGCGCUCCAACCACUCGGCCCAGGACAGCGCCGUGGAGAACCUGCUGCUGCUCUCCAAGGCCAAGUUGGUGCCCUCGGAGCGCGAGGCGUCCCCGAGCAACAGCUGCCAAGACUCCACGGACACCGAGAGCAACAACGAGGAGCAGCGUAGCGGCCUCAUCUACCUGACCAACCACAUCGCCCCACACGCGCGCAACGGGCUCUCGCUCAAGGAGGAGCACCGCGCCUACGACCUACUGCGCGCCGCCUCCGAGAACUCGCAGGACGCGCUCCGCGUGGUCAGCACCAGCGGGGAGCAGAUGAAGGUGUACAAGUGCGAACACUGCCGGGUGCUCUUCCUGGAUCACGUCAUGUACACCAUCCACAUGGGCUGCCACGGCUUCCGUGAUCCUUUUGAGUGCAACAUGUGCGGCUACCACAGCCAGGACCGGUACGAGUUCUCGUCGCACAUAACGCGAGGGGAGCACCGCUUCCACAUGAGCUAAAGUCCUCCCGACCCCCGCCCCACCCAGCCAUCCCAGGAAAAGCACAAGGACUGCCGCCUUCUCGCUCCCGCCAGCAGCAUAGACUGGACUGGACCAGAUAAUGUUGUGUUUGGAUUUGUAGCUGUUUUUGUUUUUUGUUUGAGUUGAUUGAUUGGGGUUUGAUUUGCUUUUAAAAAGAUUUUUAUUUUUAGAGGCAGGGCUGCAUUGGGAGCAUCCAUAACUGCUACCUUCCUAGAUGUUUCCCCAGACUGCUGGCUGAGAGUCCCUCACCUGUUGCUUCCUAGAAUCCCCUUCUCCAAGCGAUUAGUCUAAAUUUUCGAAGAGAAAUAGAUAAAACACGGCACAGCCUGGGAAGGAACGUGCUCGUCCCUGUUCUAAGCACUGGGUUUGCGCACCAGGUGUCUUUUUCCAGUCCCCAGAAGCAGAGAGCACAGCCCCUGCCGUGUGGCUCUGCAGGUGAGCAGACAGGACAGGUGUGCCGCCACCCAAGUGCCAAGACAGCAGGGCCAACAACCUGUGCCCAGGCCAGUUUCAGGCCACAUGCAUCUAAGGCGGAGAGGCUACACUGUUGAGAGAAAAUACUAUUUUAAGUCAUAUUCUGCGUAGGAAAAUGAGUUGUUUGGGGAAAGUUGUGUCUGUCAGACUGCCCUGGGUGGAGAGAGACGCUGGGCUAGAGCCUUUGGGAUCCUCCUGGAUUCGCUGGCUUUGCGGAGGCUGCUCAGAUGGCCUGAGCCUCCGGAGGCUUGCUGCCCCGUAGGAGAAGCCUGUCUUCCCGUGGGCAUAUCUGGGGAGCCCUGUUCCCCGCUUUUUCACUCCCAUGUGUUUAAUGGCCCCCAAAGUCUGUCACUACAAUUUAAACACCAGUCCCGAAGUUUGGAUCUUAAUUCUUUUUGAACCUCUCAAAUGGCAACAUUCCUCAGAAACCAAAGCUUUAUUUCAAAUCUCUUCCUUCCCUGGCUGGUUCCAUCUAAUACCAGAAACCUCUUUUCCUGAGGAAAUCCAAUCCUGGCCCUCAUUUUAAUUAUGUACAUCUGUUUGUAGCCACAAGCCUGAAUUUCUCAGUGUUGGUAAGUUUCUUUACCUACCGUCACUGUAUAUUAUUCUCGUUUUAAAACCCAUAAAGGAGUGAUUUAGAAUGAUCAUUAAUUUUCAGCUCAGUGAAAUACGUGAAGCCCAGCAUCUCUGUUGCUAACACACUGAACUCAUCUGUUUGAAACUAAGCUGUCAAACAUGUUGAAGCUCUUUACUGUAAAGGCAAGCCACCAUGUGUGUCUACACAUACAUAGGAUGGCUGGCCCCGCGCCUGUAAGAUAUUGGAAUGCACAGGGCAAUCGAGGGACUGAGCCAGACCUUCGGAGAGUAAUGCCACCAGAUCCCCCAGAAAAGAGGAGGCAGGUGGCACUGCAGGUGAGAACCCUACCCGUCCAUAUUAUGACAUGGAGGCACUGAAGCCCAAGGAAGGUGUGUGGAGAUUCUAAUCCCAACCAGCAAGGGUCUCCUUCAAGAUUAAUGCUAUCAUUAAGGUCAUUACUCUCAACCACCUGGGCAAUGAAGAAUAUACCAUUUCAAAUAUUUACAGUACUUGUCUUCACCAACACUGUCCCAAGAUGAAAUGAAGCAACAGAGAGGAAAUUGUACAUAAGCACCUCAGCAUUUAAUCCAAACAGGGGUUCUUAGUCUCAGCACUAUGACAUUUUGGGCUGAAUACUUAUUUGUUAGGCAGGAGCUCUCCUGUGCAUUGUAGGAUAAUUAGCAGCAUCCCUGGUCACUACCCAAUAGACGCCAGUAGCACCCCAAAUUGACAACCCAAACUCUCCAGACAUCACCAACUGUCCCCUGUGAGGAGAAAUCACUCUUGGUGGAGAACCACUGACCCAACUGAAUUCUAAACCAAUCAAAAGUCUGGGAAGCCCUCCCUGUCUCCCAAAAAAAAAAAAGUAGAAAAGCACUUGAAGAAUAUUCUCAAUAUUCCCAGUAGCAGUAUCAAGCCUGACUUGUGUUCCUGUGGAAUCAUUAUAAAUUCUAUAAAUGAAUUAUUCCCCUUCAGUCUUCAAAAAUAUAUUUCCUCAUAAACAUUUGAGUUUUGUUGAAAGGAUGGAGUUUACAAAGAUACCAUUCUUGAGUCAUGGAUUUCUCUGCUCACAGAAGGGUGUGGCAUUUGGAAACUGGAAUAAACAAAAUGGCCGCAACAAUGCACUGAGUGAAGGAAGAGAGAGAGAGGAGCCAAGGGCUUUAGACAGUCCUCCUUCAAUAUGCAAUUACAGAGAAAGAUGCGCCUUAUCCAAGUUAAUAUCUGUAAGGUGAGAGCCUUCUUAGAGUCAGUUUGUUGCAAAUUUCACCUACUCUGUUCUUUUCCAUCUAUCCCCCUGAGUCAGUUGGUUGAAGGGAGUUAUUUUUUCAAGUGGAAUUCAAACAAAGCUCAAACCAGAACUGUAAAUAGUGGUUGCAGGAAUUCUUCUCUAAACUGCUUUGCCCUUUCCUCUCACUGCCUUUUAUAGCCAAUAUAAAUGUCUCUUUGCACACCUUUUGUUGUGGUUUUAUAUUGUAACACCAUUUUUCUUUGAAACUAUUGUAUUUAAAGUAAGGUUUCAUAUUAUGUCAGCAAGUAAUUAACUUAUGUUUAAAAGGUGACCAUAUCAUGUACCAAAAGUUGCUGAAGUUUCUCUUCUAGCUGGUAAAGUAGGAGUUUGCAUGACUUCACACUUUUUGUUGCGUAGUUUGUUCUGUUGUAUGAUGGCGUGUGUGUGUGUCUUGGGUACUACUGUGUACUACUGUGUGCCUAGAUUCCAUGCACUCUCAUUGUGUUUGAAGUAAAUAUUGGAGACGGGACGGUAACUCAUAACAGGUUGGCCUGUUGAUUACAGCUAGUAAUUGCUGUUUCUUGUUCCUCCCCCUCUCUGACACCCCAGCUUCCCAAGAUGUGGAAAGCCUGGAUCUCAGCUCCUUGCCCCAUAUUCCUUCUGUAAUUUGUACCUAACGAGUGUGAUUAUCCUAAUUCAAGAGUCACUAAAAAUCAUCACAUUAUCAUUGCAUAUCAGCAAAGGGUAAAGUCCCAGCACCAGUUGCUUCACAUACCAGCAUGUUCCAUUUCCAAUUUAGAAUUAGCCACAUAAUAAAAUCUUAGAAUCCUCCUUGAGAAAGAGCUGCCUGAGAUGUAGGUUUGUUGUUAUAUGGUUCCCACCCCCCCCAAUUUUUGUGCUUUUUUCUUGUUUUGUUUUGUUUUGACUGCACUGUGAGUUUUGUAGCGUCCUCUUCUUGCCAAAACAAACGCAAGAUGAACUGGACUUACGUAGACAAAUCAUGACACCAGUGUAUCCUUCCUUUCUUCAGUUCCAGCAAUAAUGAAUGGUCAACUCUUUUAAAAUCUAGAUCUCUCUCAUUCAUUUCAAUGUAUUUUUACUUUAAGAUGAACCAAAAUUAUUAGACUUAUUUAAGAUGUACAGGCAUCAGAAAAAAGAAGCACAUAAUGCUUUUGGUGCAAUGGCACUCACUGUGAACAUGUGUAACCACAUAUUAAUAUGCAAUAUUGUUUCCAAUACUUUCUAAUACACUUUUUUAUAAUGUCGUGUGUGGUGAUUGUUCAGGUCGAAUCUGUUGUAUCCAGUACAGCUUUAGGUCUUCAGCUGCCCUUCUGGCGAGUACAUGCACAGGAUUGUAAAUGAGAAAUGCAGUCAUAUUUCCAAUCUGCCUCUAUGAUGAUGUUAAAUUAUUGCUGUUUAGCUGUGAACAAGGGAUGUACCACUGGAGGAAUAGAGUAUCCUUUUGUACACAUUUUGAAAUGCUUCUUCUGUAGUGAUAGAACAAAUAAAUGCAACAAAUACUCUGUCUGCCCUAUCCCGUGAAGUCCACACUAGCAUGAGAGAAGGCCCAUCAGAGCAGGAAUCUGCCGAGACUUCCUCCCAGUGAGAUCCCAGUAUGAGAGGGAGAAGAGAUGGACCUCGGGACAGCUGCAAUACCACUUGGGAACACAUGUGGUAUCUUAAUGUGGCCGGCGCAGCACUUCAGUGCGACAGACCUCCCGUCUACAACAGUGCUGGACGUGGGCAUUCUGGGCCCCAGUCUGGAGGGUGGGUGGAGAUAGAGGGCAACAAGAGAUACAUUUCCAGUUCUCCACUGCAGCAUGCUUCAGUCAUUCUGUGAGUGACCGGACCCAGGGUGGUGGGAGCACAGAGGACAGAGUGACCACAGCGAGUACACCUUCAGCAUAGGCAGUUUGCAGAGCCACAUGCUAUGCCAGGACUGAGCCAGUGAUGGGAGGUUUGCCUGAGCUCUGCCACGGAAUUGUACUACAACAGACUCUCUGUGGUGAAAAUCCUUGUCCCUUUCGGAUGACUAGCCAGACAUCAUUUGGGUUCAGAUCUAGCAAAUCAAGUGAGGUGACUACCUUUAAUGUGGCACAACAUCAGACCCAAACAAGAUGAAAUUCUAGUGACAUAAACAGUGGAUUGGGUUUCACAUCCGGGCCUGGCACCACUACCCAAGAAGGACUUUUUAAAAUAUCUUUGCCAAGGCAGCAUCUUUAGGAGAACUUUUCAGCCUCCUUAGGUUACCUCAUUGAGGGAUCAUGUUGUAUACAUGUACAUAUACAUAUAAUGAUACAUCUGUUUGCAAAUUUGUCCAGUCAUUUUUAUAGCUACACCCUGCACAUUUCCAGUGAUCAUGGUGCAAAAAAUAAUAAUAAUAAAGAAUACCUACAGUUAGUUAAAAAUAACCUGGACUCAAACUAAGAGGAAAAAGUAAUUCAGAAGGGUGAGAGGUAGGACAAGAGGGUGAGAAAUAUGUUGAUGUAUAUUUUUGUAAAACUGUAUGGUACAGCCUAGCAGCUCAAUGCCUUAGGAAGCUAGACCAGCAAUGUAGUGACAUAAAAGAGAGGUUCCAAAACUCUUUUAGGAGCCAUGGGGAGGAUGACAGCCUUCAUUUCUUGGUUUUCAGUACCUUGUCUUUUACAAAGUCAUAAGAAUUAUCCUCAACAUAGCCUUUGACGCUGUAAAUCUUGAGUAUUCAUUUACCUUCUUCUGAUCUCCUGGAAACAGCUGCCUGCCUGCACUUCUCUUCCCGAGGAGUGGGGUAAAUUUAAAAGUCAAGCUAUAGUUUGGAUGUUAGUAUAGAACUUUGGAAUUGGGAAUUAAAAAUCAGGACUGGGGACUGGGAGACCAAAAAUUCCUGAUCCCAUUUCUGAUGGAUUUGUCACAAAUUUUCUGUCAAAAUAAAAUGUCUUGGAGGUUAUGA